AUGGCCUCACCAACAUCCCCCGCCCCCUCUGUCCCUCUUCCUGGCCGUCAAAAUGGAGAUUCAAGCGCAAAGCCACACGUAUGGCCAAUCACCCACACCGCAAGCGAUGACGCAUCCGCCAUUGCCAAAUGUGAUAGACUCGACCGCGAGGGAGUGUGUUGCAAAGAGCUCGCAGGUGACGACGAGCGCACCUUGGUCGACCCGGAUGUUGUCCGAGAUGUUGUCAUCGGGCUGUCUGAUGGUUUGACAGUCCCGUUUGCAUUGACUGCCGGUCUAUCGUCGCUUGGCGAGUCCAAGCUGGUCAUUCUCGGUGGCAUCGCAGAGCUCAUUGCGGGGGCCAUUUCAAUGGGCAUUGGCGGCUUCCUCGCGUCACAGGCGGAACGAGAUCACUACCGAUUCUUGCGAAAACAAACGCGCGCCCGAGUGCUCCGAAGCUGCGAAGGAGAGAUGGAGCGCGAGGUGCACGCCGUUCUUGGGCCGAUUGGUGUCGACGAGAAGACCAGUCGCUCUGUGGCACAAUGCCUCAUGAACGUUGAACUCGAUUCGUCCGGAGACGGCGGCGCAAGUGCAAGCGGCAGCGAUACGGCAAGCAGGGUUAGCAGAACAGAUUCCGAAGCAGGGCUUCGGUGGAGCAAUAGCGUUGGUCUAUCGGCGUUUUUGGUCAAAUUUGGAGAGGGCAUGGAAGAAGUGCCCACACGCCGGCUGUAUAUUUCGGCGUUCACCAUCGGCAUGGGCUAUCUUUUGGGAGGCUUAAUUCCUCUUCUUCCAUAUUUCUUUGAACCUAUUGCCCACAUUGCGCUUAUAUACUCUUGUCUUGUUACCGGAUUCGUUCUACUCGUAUUUGGAGCUGUCAAGGCACGUAUCACAGGGGCAGCUGGGCAUGGCGUUGGUGGCUACGUAUGGGGUGCUGUAAGCACGCUCCUGGUCGGUGGUGCUGCCGCUGCCGCUGCAUAUGGAAUUGUCGCCGCUCUAGAGUCAUAG